AUGUUCAAAUCCACGGUUGCUCGUCAGGCCGCGAAAGCUCUCACUCAGAGCUCCCGCCCUGCUGCAUUCGCUGCUCCUACCCGACCUUCCGCCGUAAACACCUUCUUCCGUCCCCUCUCAUACACAAUUCCUCGCGCGAAAGAUGACAAGAAGGAACCCGAGGAUUCAUCCGCUGAGGUGGAAGGCCGAUUUGCUCGUACUGAUGAGAGCGUUGUAAUUGAAUACCCCGAUGAUGCGCACAUGCCUCGUACUCCGAUCGUCCAGGGGCGCGGAGGGAUGCACUUCAAGCGCACCCUUGCCCAAUUCUCCCUAGAAAACAAGGUCAGCUUGGUGACAGGAGGUGCCCGCGGUCUUGGUCUCGUCAUGUCUCAGGCACUUGUUGCGUCCGGCUCUGAUUUGGCCAUUGUUGAUCUAAACCGAGAGGAAGCUGAAGAGCAGGCUCAGAAGCUCGUCGAACAGUUCAGGAAGGAAAAUCCUGGCUUGGAACAAAUGCCCAAUGUUACAGCUCACUACGCCGACGUGGCCAAUCCUGACUCCGUAAAUAACGCAAUUGCGGAAGUCAUCUCGAAGCACAGCCGCAUCGAUCACCUGGUCACCUCCGCUGGUUUUACCGAGAACUUCGAUGCCAUCUCAUAUCCCUACGACCGCAUGCAAAAACUCUGGGGUGUCAACGUUGAUGGUACAUACUUGUUUGCAACCGGUGUUGCAAAGCAUCUCAUGGAACGCAAGGCUCCGGGCAGCAUCGUCAUGAUUGGAAGCAUGUCCGGUGCCAUUGUCAACGUUCCUCAGCCCCAGGCUCCUUACAAUGCGGCCAAGGCUGCCGUGCGUCACCUCGCCGCUUCUCUUGCUGUGGAGUGGGCCGCUCACGACAUUCGGGUUAACUGCAUCAGCCCUGGAUACAUGCUGACUGCCUUGACCCGCAAGAUUUUGGACGAAAACCCCGAUCUGAGAGACAAGUGGACCUCCCUCAUCCCUGUCGGAAAGAUGGGCACUCCCGAAGAUCUGAUGGGCGCCGUGACCUUCCUCCUGAGUGACGCAUCCAAGUACAUUACUGGUGCGGAUCUCCGUGUUGACGGUGGUUACACUUUGACCUAA